AUGUCGAACCAAAGUAGACUGUCGGGGUCUGCUGGUAAGCAACAAUCACCUCUUGCUCAGCUACGACUUUCAAACAUUGAGUCAGAGCAAACCCUACCGAAGGAGACUAGGAGAAAGCAAGACGUGAAGUCUCAAGCGGUGCCGAAACCAAUUCAGGUGAAAAACUCAGUCAAAAGGGGCAAUUCAUACUACGACAGAGAGGUGCAAACAGCCCGGGAUAACAUAUCUUCAACGGCUGCGUCUAGUGCCACAGCUGUUUCUGCAGGUGGUGCUACAGAUCAUGCACCGGAACAGUUGUCGAAGGAAGACGUGAAACGAGCAGCUGAGCUAUCCUCGCUAUUCGUAGACACGCGGAAUCUUCUCCAGGCCGACUGCAACGUGUUGAGCCCCACCCCAAGAGCCGAAAAGGAAGCCAAGUCCGGUCCUAAGUCUAAUUCGCCUACCAUAACGAGAAACACAAUUAUCAGGGCUGAAAAAGUCAAGACAAUGUUGGGAUUGAAAUAUCUUUUCAUCCAGCGGAUCUACGAUUGGGAAGAUGAGAAUGGCGAUACAAAUAAACACCCGGGGGUAGAGGGAGUCUACAACCCGUUGCAAAUCUUGAGAAACAGAAAGAUUCGGGCCAAGUAUGGCGAAUACCCCAAGCCGUUCCAUUCCAAAACAAUACCCUUGGCGUGUAAUGUGUUUAGCAGGCACAACAUCCCGGAGAAGCACCACAGAAAGGAAUGGAGAAUGUUGUGGGCUAUUGAAUUGAACGAGUUUGUUAGUGACCCUAGAUGGAGGGUCAACCAUUGGCACGAGCUCAAGGACCCGAAAGGCAAUUUGUGGUUCCCCAGGAAGGAGGAAGAAGAAAGUCAGGAUGUUAAAAGACACAGACACAGGUUCAGGCAUAGGUUGCAUGACCGCUUGUUUGAACUGUCUGACGAGGAAAGAUCUCGAAGCGAGGAAAAGCAGCAGCUGCACCAUCACCAUCACAAACACCAUCAAUCCCGCAGCCAGGACCAACUGCAGUCACGUGGACGCAGACAAAGACACCUGGAGGCAUCUAAUGACCGUCUAACAGGGUCAGAUACUGAUGUACACCUAUUGAAGUUUUCACGAUCCAAGUCACCCACGAAGCGUGGCUUGCGAUCAAGAGUCAAGAAGUUUUACCAGGGAGAUUCUUCGUCAUCUUCCAACAUUUUAAACCUGUUUCGGGACGCUGAUGCUGCUGACAAAAAUGAGAGCUCGAUGAAUUUGGGCUUGCCAAACCCCACCAUUGACAAUCUGGACCACAGCGGCGAAGAGGAGCAGCGACCUGCUAGUAGUGGUGGGGGGGUAGGACAAGUGACUCCACCGACAAUCUUGGUUGACACAUCCAACGCUGACGCAAACCACUAUAAUAUCCAAGAUGUCCAGUUCCAAUCAUCUCGUCGUAAUCUCAGGGAAAAUGACUCCGAUGCCGAGGCGUUGGACCACUCAGAUGGACAAGAUGAGGACAUCCACAAACUGGAUUCCAAAAGCAACGAAGACGAAGAGUUGGCCAAGCUAUUCACAUUUUUAAACUAUUUCCACCAAUGUUGCGAAAAUCGCACUGGUUAUUUAUUAAACUUGUACCCUGCGUAUUUGCAGUUGCUUCAAGGCCGUGUGGAUAAGAUUACAGGUAAUUCAAUCUACGAACUAUUGCAGCAGAUGACCAGUGUGCUUGACGACAAUUUGCCAGCUUACGACGACCUUUACCAGGGAUUCUUGGAAGAAACCAAGUCGAUCUUGCACAUGGCGAAUGAAAACUACUCAAUCAAAAUCGAUACACUUUUAAGCACCAGUGAUCGAUCCAUUUCCGAGUUGAACGCCUCCUUGCCGUUGGAAUUGAGAAAAACAGGUGAACGGUUGGAGAUUUUGGAAGCUUCAUUAUUUAACAAGACCAUCAAAACGGAACUCAUUCAUGAAGCUACGAAUUAUAAGGUUUUUUAUUUCUUGCUUGAGAAUUUAAUCGUGAUUUUAUUGAAAUUGGUUUGGAUUUUCGUAAACAUUUACAAGUUUUUUGCAUUCUUUGUUCGAAUUGGCUGGAAAAUGAUCAGUGUGUUUAUAUUUGAAUAG